AAGCUCUGGGGCCUCUAGCGCGGUCCCCUCUGCUCGUUCUCUGUUGCUCCUCAACGCCAUGGCGUUCGUGACCAGGCAAUUCGUGCGCAACAUGUCGUCCUCCUCCGCGGCCGCGGCCGCCAAGAAGAUCCUGAUCAAGCAUGUGACCGUCAUCGGCGGCGGGCUGAUGGGCGCGGGCAUCGCGCAGGUGGCUGCAGCAACUGGCCAUACGGUAGUAUUGGUGGACCAAACAGAGGACAUCCUGUCAAAAUCCAAGAAGGGAAUUGAGGAUAGCCUGAGGAGAAUGGCAAAGAAGAAGUUCACAGAAAAUCCUAAAGCCGGUGAUGAGUUUGUGGCGAAGACCAUGAGCUGCCUUUCUACCAGCACCGACGCAGCCUCCGUGGUGCACAGCACAGACCUGGUGGUCGAGGCCAUCGUGGAGAAUCUCAAGUUGAAGAAUGAACUUUUCCAGCGGCUAGACAAGUUUGCUGCAGAACACACAGUCUUUUGCAGCAACACCUCUUCUCUGCAGAUCACAAGCAUAGCCAAUUCCACCACCCGGCAAGACCGAUUUGCUGGCCUGCACUUCUUCAACCCAGUCCCCAUGAUGAAGCUGGUGGAGAUCAUUAAAACACCGAUGACUAGCCAGAAGACGUUCGAAUCCCUGGUCGACUUUUGUAAAACCUUAGGAAAGCACCCUGUUUCUUGCAAGGACACUCCUGGAUUUAUCGUGAACCGUCUCUUGGUGCCAUACCUCAUAGAGGCCAUCAGGCUACACGAGCGAGGUGACGCAUCUAAGGAGGACAUUGAUACUGCGAUGAAGUUGGGAGCUGGGUACCCCAUGGGUCCAUUUGAGCUGCUUGACUAUGUUGGGUUGGAUACUACGAAGUUCAUCUUGGAUGGGUGGCAUGAAAUGGACCCAGAGAACCCCCUCUUCCAGCCCAGUCCUUCCAUGAAUAAUCUGGUUGCCCAGAAGAAGCUGGGCAAGAAGACCGGAGAAGGAUUUUACAAAUAUAAAUGAUGCUUCAUGAGUCCAUCGGGGAGCACCCAGCCAGCCAUGGGGCAAGGAUGAGCGCACUCUGGGCGGUGCUUGCAAGCAAGGCUUGCUGCAGGCUGCCCGGUGGGCCCUCCCUUGCAGUCUCUCUGAAGCAACCAUCUGACUAGUUGCAGUAAUAAGAUUCCUCCACUGAGAUCUGAUUCUCUGCUUUUGUCUGUUUGCUUCUGUGUGUUUUUUCUGUGCCUUGGGGCAAGCAUCUUUUUUCUGAACCUUGCUGGUUUUUAUAAAAGCAUUACUUAGACUCAUUCACUCAGGUCUUCUGGAAAUGAAUAUGCCACGUUAAUCGGUGUUGAACCCAGGGGGUAGGAACCAUCGUGCCUACAGGUGCAUCUAAGGGCGGCAGCCUGCACCUGAGGCCUUGCCUGCCUGGGAACAUUUGCAGCCUGCAGCCUCAAACCUUACCCUACGUUCUGGGCACCGCCUUCGUUUACUUCUCAUCUGGACAGGGCUCCUGGAGUGGCGGUGUAGUGCCUGUGACCUUGGUUUCUGGGAAAAGGCCCAUCUUUGUGGCCAUUCAAAUCUUAACCAUCACUGUCCAGCUCUCGUUUUUUUUUUUUUUUUUUUUUUUUUUUGUUUUUUGUUUUGUUUUUUCAUGAGAAAUCAGUGCUACAAAGUGCCUAUGAAUUGACUACAAUGCAAUCUUUUACUCUGUAAAAAUUGGGAUGGAAAUAAAUAAACUGACAUAACGUAGAAUCGUAA